AUGGCUGAUCAACAAACAAACCUUGAUCGCGCUUAUGGCGUUACAAACAUAAAAAAGCAUAUUCCUCUCAUUCUCGACAUUGAUGAUCAUAACAACGACGCAUGGAAAGAACUUUUCCUCACUCACUGCCAGUCCUUCGAUGUCUCAGGACACCUUGAUGGUACUCUUCUUCCUGCAGACGACAAUGACCAUCGAUGGAAAAAGAGAGAUGGUCUGGUCAAGCUUUGGCUAUAUGGCACUAUAUCAAAGAAUCUCUUCAAAAGCGCGUUCAUAACUGGUGGUACAGCACGUCAAAUCUGGAUCAAAGUGGAGAGCUUUUUCCGCAACAACAAAGAAGCCAGAGCCAUCCAGUUAGAUCAUGAUCUCAGGACAAAAGAAAUUGGUGACAAAUCCAUCCAUACCUACGCCAGGAACUCAAAUCAAUCUCCGAUCUUGAUGCAGAGAGAAUAUUUAGGAAUAUUCUAA